AGGCCUGCAAAUCUUCCUCUUCCAACUCUGGACUUUGUACCCGUCACGGGAAAUUCACUAGCUUAUCAGGGCCGUCAGCCUGGGCAGUUGCCUGCUGAGGUGUCUUGCUCGCCCGUUCUAGGGCCCGCAGGACCCCUCUCUGGAUCCCAGCUGCACCAACACCCCUCCCCUCCCCCCACUUUCUGCACCCGGCGCUGGGGGUGCGGGUGGGGCGUGCGCCAGAAGGUUCACUGCAAAAGCUUGGGGUGAAGUGUAAUUAGUCGUCCUGAUUGGAGGCGUUGCCUGCAGCCUCCGCCCUCCCUGCGGAUUCAGCCCCGCCUGCCGGCUGCGUCCCCAGGUGAGUCAGGUGGUGGCUUUGGCCCACCCACCAGUUCUGGUUCUGCCCGCCCCAGCCGGAAGCUUCAUCCAAGGGCUGUGCACAGUUCCUACAGGUGCUUUCCUAGCCUGGAUCCUCCUCCCCAGGUACUCCUCUGAUUGAGGUGGUCCACCUGCAAUAAUCUCCAGUCCUAGCUGUUCCUCUGACAGGUACUUCCCCAAGUACUCCUCAGAUUCGGGUGUUGCUCCUCCAGACAUUCCUCUGACUCAGCUGCUCCUCCUACAGGACUCUGUGCUCCAGGGCUGCCUGGCAUCUGGGGGGUCUCCUUGGAGCUACGGCUCUUCUGGCAGAAGCUGAGGCUCUCCGGUGUCUCCAGGCCCCUUCAUGAGUGAGGCAAACCAAACCACUGUGGGGCCCUCAGAGCUCUCCACGGCAUCAGCCAUCUCCCCUGGGCUGGGCACUGGGGCCCGGGCAUGGCCUGUGCUGGUGGGCGUCGUGCUGGGGGCUGUGGUCCUCUCUCUCCUCAUCGCGCUUGCUGCCAAGUGCCACCUCUGCCGCAAAUACCGUGCCAGCUACCAGCACCGCCCGCUGCCCAGGACCGGGAAGGGUGUCUGUCCGGAGGUGGGUGAAGAAGAUGACGAUGGCUUCAUCGAGGACAAUUACAUUCAGCCUGGGGCCGGCGGGCUGGGGACAGAGGGCGGCAGGGACCACUUUUCCUUCUGAGCCCCCAUCUUUGGUCACCCCCCACCCAUACCUGAAAGCUGAAGGAUAGUGGAUACUACAAGGGGACCGUGAACCUCAGGGACGGAGGUGUCUAGGGCGUAAGGGCUCACCAGGGGUAGAGCAGUCCUCCCUUCCCUGACACUGCUGCUGCUCGAGUGACAAACUUUCUCUUGCUCAAUCACCCUUGAUGACUCCCUGCUGUUCUCAGGACAGCUACCAAGGGCCGGGCUAGGGAAAUAAGGCCUCUGUCAGCCUCUUGGUUCCCUUUCUUGCCUUUCCCGACACCACUCCCUACUAAAGUAAUUAUUUGUUUUUCCGUCUCUCCUACAUGGUGUUUCUCCAUGCACUUUUUGGUCACACUCUCUCCCCGGCCUAUACUGCCCUUCUGUUCUUGCCAAUCCUCCGUGACUGUGAUGAAAGUCCCUGGUCCAUCGACUCCCUGUCGCCCGUCUACCUGCCAGCAUUUCAAACGAGCCCGAUGAGAACAUUUUAGCAGGUGCCAAGCAGUGUGCCAACUUUCUUGUUGAAAAUUUUCCCUAUCAAUAAAGUGAGUCAUCUAAAUGGUUACAGUA